AUGGCCACAGCUCGGGGGAUUGUUGUGUUGGCAGUGGUCGCAAUCAUAGGUGUUGAUUUUGUUUCUGCCAGUGCAUAUAAGGAUGGCGACAAGGUUAUUGUUUAUGUCAACAAAGUGGGCCCAUACUUUAAUCCUCAUGAGACGUAUCAUUACUAUCAGUUGCCAGUCUGCAGACCACAGAAGAUUGAGCACAAGAGCCUGACACUUGGGGAGGUCCUCGAUGGUGACAGAAUGGCUGUAUCCUUGUAUGACAUAGCAUAUAAAUCUGAUGUGGCUACAAAGAAGGAGCUUUGUAAAGUCAAGUACAGUCAGAAUGAUGUUGAGCUGCUCCGCAAUGCCAUAGAGGAUCUCUACUACUUUGAGUUUGUAAUCGAUGACAUUCCUGUUCGUGGAUUUAUUGGCCACCUGGAAGAAGGCGGCUUCCUGCCACACAACCACAAGAUCUUCCUGUGGGCACAUUUACAUUUCAACAUAGAGUAUAAUGGAGAUCGUAUCAUUUAUGCCAAUGUUACCACCAAAGAGCAGAUGCCUAUUUCUCUGGAUGCUACCAGCUCACCAAUCGAAGUGGCCUUUACCUAUUCCGUCAGGUGGAUUCCCACUGAACUAAGUUAUGAACAGAGAGCAACAAGAAUAAGAGAUGACUCAUUUUUCCCGAAAAAUCUAGAGAUUCACUGGCUGUCUAUUAUUAACUCACUGGUUCUGGUAUUCCUUCUCAUUGGAUUUGUGGUUAUUAUUAUGACCCGGGUUCUCAGAAGUGACUUUGCUCGUUACAACAUUGAGGAUGAUGAUGACGCUGAUGACCUGGAUUCUGAUGAUAAUGGAUGGAAAAUUAUCCGUACGGAUGUGUUCAGAUACCCACCAAACAAGAACCUGUUCUGUGCAAUUUUGGGUGUUGGAAGCCAGUUCCUGGCACUAGCUACAGGCAUCCUGCUGAUGGCAGUGGCAGGGAUGUUCAAUGUGCACCGCCACGGGUCAAUCAAUGCUGCCGCUGUGGUGCUUUACGCAUUUACUUCAAGCAUCAGUGGCUAUGUGGCAGCAAACAUGUACAAGAAGAUGGGAGGGGACAACUGGGUGUGGAACAUUAACCUGACAUCAGCAUUGUUUGCCCUUCCUUUCUUCUUAGUCUGGGCAGUGAUUAACUCAGUGGCCUGGGCAUACGGAACAACCCGAGCAUUACCAGCUGUGACAGUGAUACUGCUGAUGGCCUUGUGGCUGUUCAUUGGUUACCCACUGACUGUCUUGGGAGGGAUAUUUGGCAAGAAUUAUGCAGGAAGCUUUGAUGCACCGUGCAGAACUAAAAAUAUUUCCCGAGAAAUUCCAAGUGUGCCCUGGUAUCGUUCAGCAUUUGCCCACUGUGUCAUAGGAGGAUUCUUGCCUUUCAGUGCCAUUUCAGUGGAACUGUACUACAUCUUUGCCACCCUGUGGGGAAGGGAACAGUACACACUUUUUGGGAUUCUAUUUGUUGUGUAUGGGAUCUUGCUGAGUGUUACUGCCUGCAUCUCCAUUGCUCUGACCUACUUCCAGCUGUCGGCGGAAGACUAUCGGUGGUGGUGGCGAUCCAUAUUUAGUGCAGGAUCCACAGGUGUGUUUGUGUUCCUGUAUGCUCUGUUCUACUACUACAAACGAUCAAAUAUGUCGGGGCUUCUUCAAACACUGGAGUUCCUGGGAUACACGGCCUUGACCUGCUAUGUGUUUUUCCUGAUGCUGGCCACAGUGUCGUUCUUUGCCUCCCUGAAAUUUGUGCGGUACAUUUAUGUCAACAUCAAGAUGGACUAG